AUGGUUUUAUCUUUGGAAGUUCUGCGUGAGAAAGCACAGCAGCGUGAACAGAAGCAGCGGAACAAAUAUGCAACCUUAGAACAAUUAUCGGCAUUUGAAGAAUUACUUUAUGAGAGAUNCAGUGACUUGGAUUUAUCUGUCAACUUCACCAGCAGAAAGGUUAACACUACACGGGAGAAGAAGAUCCAGACUCUGAGGAAAUUUGCAAAAUUUUUUUAUCUACUUCAAAGGAAUGGUUUCGUUUAUGGUGUCUAUGCAGUUACAACUGCCAGGGUGCCAGUUCUCAAAGUUGUUGACCAAGGAACUGAAAUUGAAUGUGAUAUAUCAGUUGAAAACUGGGAUGGGAUAUCAAAAUCAAAGAUGAUUUACAUGAUUGGUGCCAUUGAUGAACGUUUUCGGAAAUUGAGCUUCUUGAUGAAAGCAUGGGCAAAAGCACAAAAUAUUAACAGUGCAAAGGAUCAAACAUUGAAUUCUUUAUCUAUAAUACUUUUGGUUGCUUUCCAUUUGCAGACACGAAAUCCUCCCAUUCUGCCUCCAUUUUCCGCUUUAUUCAGAGAUGGUAAUGAGCCAGUGGCAGUGGAGAGGUCUCUGUGUAAGUUUACGAACUAUGGAAUAAACAAUAAAGAAUCAGUGGCUGAGCUCUUGGUUUCUCUAUUAAACAAGUUACUAUCAGUUGAGAAACUUUGGUCCAGAGGUUUGUGUGCCAGUACAUUUCAAGGAUCUUGGAUAUCUAAAACAUGGGGUUCUAGAGUAGGCCAUAUUAAUGUUGAAGAUUUCGCUGAUCGAUCUCAAAAUGUCGCUAGGGCUGUAGGAGAAGAAGAAGUUAAAAGAAUCUAUAGCUGCAUCCAGCUUUCAGUCCAACACAUUUUUGAUUUUUCAAAUAAAAAGAUUGGAGGGAACUCUUUAAGGGAGUUCCUAUUUGGCCGAGAUGCAGCCUCCAGGCUAGACAGCGGUGACACAGUAAGAAAUAUUGCAAAAAAUAUACAAGCUUGUGCUUCUGGAAAAAAAGAGGUGCAAUCUGUUGAACGUUCAAUAUGCAAUAAAAAAACUGUACAUGUUGAUGCUAUCAUGACCAAAAGCAUGUCAUCUGUGGAAAGUCCGGGGUGGAUACCACAAGGAAAACGGAAACUUUUGGGGCCAACUGACUCUUCCUUGACAAAGAGAAGUCAAACAGAUGAUUGUUUGGGGGGCACCUCUUCUGGGUUGUCAGGAAGACAGCCAGGAAAAGGGUUAUCCAGGCAAGAGCAGCCGAUGCCUCACUAUUUGACAAAUAGGUGGGAACCAGUGGUAAACCCAGGAAUGAUGUCAAGAGAAGGCAUGCACAAUAAAUUGCCACCUGUUUCAUUUGAACCUGCCCAUGGAAAAAUCAUAUUAGCAGAACCCUUUGGAGAAGUGCAUGGUAGGGAGAUAAUUAGACACCCAAAUGUGAUUGCGCCAGCUGUUCCUCAUUCCAGUCCCCUUAUAGGUAGUCAAAUGUCUUAUGAGCCGUUCAGAUUUCCUCUUGGUUAUUCUAAUUCGGGUUGUGAUUCUAUGCAUUCCUCUGCAUAUUUUUUGCCCCCAGACCCGAGGAGGUUUUGAUGUGCGAAGUUAAAACUAAUCAAUGUAAUUCUGUCAGUCUUGGUUUCUAGCCUUUGUACAACUUAUGGUUGCAGAGAUUGAAAUUACUAAUUGAAGGACAGCUGCCAAAUGUUUAGAGCCUUAGUGAACGAGAUUUAAAGUUAUGUUUAUGUGCCUGCCUUUUCUUUAUCUUUCUUUUCUAUUUGUCUUCAAAUCUCUCAGUUGUAUGCUUUGGCAUCUAGUUUGCCUAUGUUUAUAACAGUAAAAAGUGCAGCACUUUUCUUGUC